AUGACUCCUUCAUCGCUUCAUCUUCCAUUUGUCAUAUAUCUUCAGCUUUCAACCAAUUCUGAUGACAGCUCGCUCCAGCUUGAAAAUGCUUGCAAUGGUGACAGUGCUGUCAAUGAGGAUGAUAAUGGAGUACAGGAGAGUCACAGGGGAAAGAGCUGUGAGGAUGAUGAUGAAGACGGCCACCUGGUCGAUCACAUUGGCCUUUUGAUGAAAGAAAGAUAUGAGGUGGUAUCUAUACUGGGAGUAGGAGCUUUUGGAAAGGUGGUGGAGUGUAUUGAUAGAGAAAAAGAUGAGCAUGUGGCUGUGAAGAUUGUAAGGAAUAUUGACUGUUUCCGUGAAGUAGCAAAGUCAGAGAUCGCAGUGCUGGAGGAGAUCAACAGUCUGGAUGACGAGAACAAUUUCGCCUGCGUCAGAAUGCUAGACUGGUUUGACCACGAAGGUCACAUCUGCAUCGUGUUUGAGCUGCUGGGUCUCAGCACCUUUGAGUUCCUCCAACAGAACAACUUCCUGCCGUUCAGUGUGGAACAGAUCCGACACAUGGCCUUCCAGAUCUUCAGAGCUGUCUGCUUUCUGCAUCGUAACAAGCUGACCCACACAGACCUGAAACCAGAAAACAUCCUCUUUGUCUGCUCCGACUGCAACCUGGAAUUCAAUGACAAGAUGAAUUGUAAGGAGAAGAAGCUGAGGAGUCUGGAUGUUAAGGUGGUGGAUUUUGGCACUGCCACAUUUGACCACGAACACCAUGAAUCUCUGGUGUCGACACGCCACUAUCGAGCUCCAGAAAUAAUACUGGAUCUGGGCUGGAACCAGUCAUGUGAUGUUUGGAGCCUGGCCUGCGUUCUCAUGGAGUAUUACCUCGGACAGACACUCUUUCCGACUCACGACAGUAAAGAACAUCUAGCCAUGAUGGAGAAAAUCCUGGGGCCGAUUCCCCCUCACCUGCUGAAACAAACCAGAAAGCAGCACUACGUGCACAACGAGUGUCUGAAUUGGGAUGAACAGAGCUCCUCUGCUGAGUACAUCAGGGAACACUGUAAACCUCUGAAGCAGUACAUGCAGAGGGAGAGUGAGGAAGAGAGGCAGCUGUUUGACCUGCUCAGCUGCAUGUUGGAGUAUGAUGCCUGCAGACGUAUCACCCUGGAGGAGGCGCUGUUUCACCCAUUCUUCAUCCCGCUGAGGAGACAGAACCAGCAGUUCUGCUAGCAUACAGACACACAUACACACACA